AUUGUCUUUAAAAGUUUGUCUCUAUUUGUUUCUAGAAUGUGUGAGUCGAUGAAAAAACUUUACUCUCUGAUAAUCCUAAUAUUCUGCGCAUUCACGACAUUCUCCCUGUGCACGGUGAUAUCUCAGAUAGUGAUAGUGAGUUCAAUUAAUUAAAAUAUUACAAAUCAAUGGUGCUUCAAGUAACAAUGUUUAUCUAUGCUGGAUUAUCUGGUUUUAAAUUUACAAAGGCAACCGAACACAGUCGAUACGACUUUCGUUCGACAAUCAUCCGCCGGCUUGAGAAGUUUCUUGUCCUAGGACACACCACUCCUCUGUAGUUAUCUCUCUGAACUGUUAAUUAAGCCUUCUAUCUAUUUUUGUUUCAUCCAUUUUCUCCUUCUCUUUAUCAAACGAUCUGCAGCAAGCAGAAUACAGUACGUAAAUCCUAUCAUCUACAAGACCUAGCUAAUUAAGCCUCCUGCUAAAAUGCUGUAAGACAUUCUUCCUCAAAAAUCCAUAGUACUGUCACUGCUCAAAGCUGCUCUUGACAAUAAGAAUAUUGGAGAUCGACGAAUAAACGUAUUCCUUGAAAUUCAAAUAAGAUUAAAAUAACAGAACAAACAAAAAUCGUGAGUAUCGUGAAUCUACAGUAUCAAAAAAUGCUUCGAAGGGAAUCAAGCUAAGUGUAAUCCAUGAUUUUAUUUCAGAUGAAUAUCAAGAGCAAUCCCGUCCUCCAUACUUCGUAUCUCAUAUUUGAGUGCAGUGAAAUCUUUAUGUUCUGCUGAUUUGGACAGCAAAUGACCGACCAAGCCAGAUUCAUCUCGGAUGCCGUUUACCAUAGCCAAUGGUACGAUGCCAGUCAACGGGAGAAACAAUCAUUGCGAUUGACAAUGCGACGAGCGCAGAGGCCUUUGUCUGUUACAGCUUCUGGAUUUGCCGUUGUUUCCCUUGAAUUGUGUACUACAAUAUUCAGUACUUCUCUUUCGUACUUUACGCUUUUACGCAAAGUAUACUACAGGUAGAGAUUACUGCAUGAUAUAGUAUGUGCUACGCUAUACUGUAUCGUAUUACUAAACUUUGUAGUAACUGUGCACCGCAGUAACGUGAGUUACCAUUACUUCGCAUACGAUAUACUAUAAGUAAGUAGGUAUGGGACGCUGCUUAGAAAUAAAGAGUGUUGCAAUAAAUAAAGGAUUAUUACGAGUGCAAACUUUAUUAAACAAUUUUUUUUCUUUUGCACUUCACUGCUGCUACAAAUAAUAACAAUAUUAAUGCGGUGUCCGUUAAAAGCAAGCGGUCAUCGUAAACAGAUUGCGUAUCUGGAGUAU